AUGAGUGAUAACGGUAAGAACCAUCAAAGGUCCGACUUUCGCAGAGUUCAGGCCUCUACAGGAGGCGCUAAUGCAGCCAAAUCCAAGAAAAACCAUACCAAUAAGAGAAAUAAUAGGAGCGGCAGCUCAUGGAAUAGGGACGGUAAGCAUUUACACAAUGGUGAUGACGACGAAGAAUUUAAUGAAAAGGAAUUUUGUAUCAUUUGUGCUGAUAGGUUACACUACGCGGCUCUUUCGCCAUGCUCCCAUAGAACUUGCCAUAAAUGUUCCUUUAGACAACGUGCAUUGUUCAAUAAGAAGACAUGUUUAGUAUGUCGUAGUGAAAUUGAACAGCUGAUUUACACCGAACAAUUAGAAUCCAAGUAUGAUGAUUUUGGUGACAGAUUUGCAGAUUUUAACGAGCAAUACGGUAUCAAUUUCACUUCCAGAGAAGUAGCGUCUGAUACUUUGGGAUUAUUGAAAUUUAGAUGUAACAUAUGUGUUAGUGAAAAGCGUGAAGAUUUUGAUAGAGAUUAUGGAUCUUUCAACAAAUAUAAGGAACAUUUAAGAGAUGAACAUAACAAGACCAUUUGUAUGAUUUGUGCUACUUUUAAGAAGGCAUUUCCCUGUGAAUUAAAGAUCUAUACACCAAACCAGUUGCGUAACCAUCAAUCUCGUGGUGACGGUGAAGGUUUUAGAGGACACCCCAUGUGUGGAUUUUGUUCAGGUAGAAGAUUUUAUUCCGAUGAUGAAUUGUAUUUGCAUAUGAGAGAUCAACAUGAAAAAUGCCAUAUUUGUGAUAGAAUUGAUCCAACACAACCCCAAUAUUUCAAAAAUUACGAUCAAUUGUUUGAACAUUUCAAAAAUGCCCAUUAUAUCUGUACCGUUCAAUCAUGUCUGGAUGAUAAAUUUGUGGUCUUUAGGGAUGAAAUUGAACUACAAGCACAUAUCUUAGGUGAGCACGGUGAUAUUAUUAGGGGCAGACCUAAACUGUUCCAAUCUGAGUUAUCUACUUUCAUAUCUACACCUUCCAGAGUCAUUAGAGAAGAUGGUAUGAAUUCAAAUUUCAGUCGAAAUAACAGCGGUAGGGAGACUAAUUCCAAUGGCUCGCCAGAAAUUGCCAAAUUAAGAUUAGAGGAAAGAGCAAAACAUUAUUUGAGUGGAUCUACCGGCGAAUUGGAAAAAUUUAAUAAAUUGAAUCAAGAUUUCGAUAAAGGAAGUUUAUCGGCUGAUGGUCUUUUGACCGAUUACAAUAACCUUUUCAAAUCCCCCAACGCCGAUGUCUAUCUGCUAAUUCGUAACUUGGCAGAAACUUACCCAUCUCAAUCCAUUAAAUUUCGUAAUUUGAACGCUAUCUACCAGAGACAUGAACAACAGGAAUUAAGCAGAACCUCCGCAUUGCCAUCUUUGUCCGGUGAUAGUAUAGCUCCUGUUGUCAAUAGCGUUUGGAGUGCUAACAACAACAAUGUCUCUUCGAGUCAUGGUAGAGGUGUAAAUAGGAUGGAUCUACCUAGUUUACAAUCGCCUUCACCAUCUCAUGAUGUUUUUGCCUCACAAUCCAGAAAUCCAUCCUACAAAAGCUUGAAUUCUUCUAGGAGAUCUUCACCGGCACAAGCUCCUGUCGUGAGAAGUACAUCUGCCGCAUCUACAAACAAUAAUGCCAAUGUGAAACCAACUUAUUUGGAUAAAAAACCAAACCCUAAGUCUACUAAAUCAUUACCAUAUCAGGGACCAAAUAAGUUAGCUGGGUUAGACCUUCCCUCUUUGCCAACACCAAAACCCAAAGUUCACAUACCACCUGUGAAUAGACCCAAUAUUCCAGAUCCCAAGCAAUGGGGGAAGAGUAAACCACCACAAGAAUCACCUCAGGAUCCACUUGAUGAACUACUGACCGCCAGUGAUACCAGUUCAUCUUCACAAUCAUCUUCUUCAAAUAAGAAGAAGGACAAACGAAAACAACUUCUAUUCCACAUAGGUAUUUAA